AUGAUGAAAAAUGACUGCUGGUCAUGUACGAUUAUUCUUGAUGCUCCAAUGAGGUUUGUAACUACUGGAGACUACGAUGUAUUUACGCUCAAUUAUGUACUUGAAGAAGAACAACUUCACGGAGAAAAACUAACUACAAGCAUGAUUAGAGGAGCCAUUCGGUCAAGUCAACAGCAAUAUUUCGAUGACGUUCCCCAAUAUUAUUCCGACAACGAAUAUGACGAAGAGAGUGACGCAUAG